AUGGAGCUUAAUCAUAUAGAUGGUGGAGGAGAGGAAAUAGAUAGAGAACCCUCUUUACCUUAUAAUUUUAGGGAAAAUUGUUAUCCUCAUUCGCGUUAUCCUGUGAGGCAAAGGGCUUACAUAUUUGAUGGAGAUGGGAAUUACUAUAACAAGGAAUGGGACCUUGUAGAAGGUAGAGGUAAAGAGUUCUGUUGGUACCAUGUCGAGCUCCCUAAAGGGAAUCAGAGACUGUCACAAUCCGCGCAAUACCUUAUUGAUGUUCUAUGCCCGCCCUUGAAGCUCCAGGACAUUCUCUCACUUAUUAGUAAUGGACCCUUUUGUGGGCACGUCGAUGGUGCUCUUGUAUUCAGAGUUAAUUCACCUGGCCCAGCUUCUAGCAAAUUUACAUUUAGAAUUGCAGCAAGAAUUACUGAGAAUUCAGUUAUCACCGUGUCAUUAGGACGUGUCCCAAGAUUGGGUUUCUCGCCGGCAAAUGAGUCUCUUCUUUCAGAGAUUCCGGCUGUGGAGAGUCCAAGUUAUGGCGUUAGGGAACAUAAGCAAAGGGGAGGGAUUGUGAUUAGGGAACACGUUCUUGAUUUCCUCUUGACAAUGAAUCAUUCUGAAGAAGCAGAUAAUCCAGUGCCAAGAUCGGUGUCAAAUCUUGUUGUUCACAUAAUUGACACACAUAUUGAUCACAUCCAAGAUGUUGUGACCAAUCUUGAGAUUGAACUGGAUUCGGUAGAAUUUGAGCUGGAUGGAGGUGGUUUUGCUUUGAAGAAGCAAAUGUUAGAUGAUAGAAGGUUCCCAAAAUUGCACAUUGACUUACAGCGUCUACUACAGGUGAUUGCUAAUGGAGAGCAAGUAUUUCCCCGAGCCAAACAAAAUUGUUUGUUAAAGGAUUGGUUUGGGGCUGAGGACAUUAACUCCCUGGAAGAGUUAAUUGGUCGACUAAGGAGACUGAAGGAGAACGUUGGAUUUAUAGCAAAUCGUGUCACUGCAAUUCAGGCUGGUCUUGAUAGUUGGCAGGCCGAGCAAAUAAAUAGAAAAUUAUACUACCUCUCCUUCCUCUCCAUCAUAUUUCUUCCUUUAUCAAUAAUAACUGGAGUUUUUGGCAUGAACGUGGGAGGAGUUCCUUGGACGGGGCAAAGGGACCCCGAGUUGAAGGAUGGAUUCCGCAAUGUAAUAUUACUUUGUGUAGGAAUGCUAGUGAUCGUUCUUCUUUGCUUUAUUUUCCCGGCUCUCUACAGUCGAGUGAUGGCUUGGCAAAGAAGGCGAGCCUUAAGAAGAAGUUGGACUCUCAACCGGAAAUCCUUCAUUAAGAGAACAGUCAGUAGUGGAGAAAGAAAAGAAAGAGGAGGAUACCUCAGGCUAUAG